AUGAAGAACACCUGCAGUGGCGGAGCCGAGGAAUCUUCUUCCAACCACAACAACCCACAACAACCUGAUCAAAGCAGCCCUCAACGCGGCGGGGUUAAUACUUCUUCUCCCCAUGCGGCUUCAGCUCCUUUGCAAUGGCCACCCAUGGCUCCACCCGUAAUGGGCCGUCCAGGACACUCUGCCUUCCGUGCCUAUAGGCCACAAGACCCACAACAGCCUGAUCAAAGCAGCCCUCAGCGUGACAGCGGCAGUAAUAUUUCCUCUCCGUUGCAAAGGCCACCCGUGGCUCCACCUGUAAUGGGCCAUCCGGGACACUCUGCCUUCAGGGCCUAUAGGCCACAAGGCCCACAACCACAAUGGCAAUUCCCUGGGGGUGGGGGAUCGUCUGGCGGAGCUGCUGGUGCGAGUGGAAAUGUAAGUGGCAGCGGAUUAUUUGGGGCGCAGGGAAUUCCGGUGGGUGGAAGUGGGCCAAGUGGCGGCGGCGGAGGCUAUGCAACUGGUCAAGUGGGGAUUGGAAACCCCAUAAUUAGGAAAAGAGUAAGGGAUGGUGAACCGGGUGGUGCUGGUCCUGGAGGAAAUCAAGGCGCGCAGGCAGAUGUCGGAAAUCCCUUUCAGUGCGGUGUUUGUGGUAAACAAUUCCACUCGGCCAAGGCUCUCUUCGGUCACAUGCGAAAGCAUCCCGAUCGAGGGUGGAAAGGUGCCUUUCCACCUCCAACUUUUAGGGCUGAAGAGGAGUUCGCCGAUGUCCCCGGCCAUCUCAAUCCAGGCCGUGCGGCUGCUGGUGUACAUGUUGAACUAAUGCAGGAUUUAUUGCAAGAGGCACAGGCCGGGGCAGAGGCGAUGGAGGCCGUACAAGAAGGCGGAGAAGAGGCGGGUGAGGGAGCAGCGGCAACGCAAAAUUACAAACUUCCUGAUUUGAAUUAUGAACCACCACACGACAAUGAUAAUGCUGCUGCUUAG